AUGAGCUUAAAGAGUUUUUUAAGCAACAGCAGCAUUUUGGCAGCAAAAAGUGAACAACCGAAUGAGAUUGAAAGGCUACAAGGAGAAAUGGACAUAAUAAGCUCCUUAAAUGCUUAUUAUCGUUUAAACAGGGAAUUCAAGAUGAUAGGAAGGCCAGAAUUAACAGAGAGAAUGCUUAGGCGUAUCACAAAAUAUGAUCGCAUCCCAAAGGAUUUCCAAGCAAGACCUUUAUAUAUAAACUUAUCAGGAAUUAUUGAUGAACUUAUGCUAAAUGAGCUAGAGAUUGCACUAUGGGCAAUUUAUUUAGAAAACUUAGUAUGAAAAAACUUUGAUACAUAUGCAGAGAGGUUUCUUUUAUAUACAGCAUAUAAGGCAAAACAGGUUUUAAACGAAGAUAGCAUUGGGCUUUAUCGCAUGUAUCUCAAUGUAAAGAUAAAACAUUUUGAAGAAAAUUUUCAAUCAUGGAUGACGAAAUAUGAGGGUGAGAUUAAAGUAAAUUUGAAAAUGAUUAAUGAAAAAUUGAAUAUGCUGAAAGUUGUCAAAGAUAAAAAUAGUGAUUAUUGCAUGCUAAAUUAUAACUAUUAUGUUGACGCUAUUUUAUUGACUGCGGUUCCUUAUGCAGAUAAAGGAGAGCAAAUAGUCGCAUUAAAUACUGUUGAAAAGAGAAAAAGAAGAGAACUUAAAAAUCAAAAUACUAAUCGCCCCAAAAAAUUAAAAUCAAUGAAGAGAAUUCAAAAUAUAAGUAAAAAAAAAAUGAAGAUUGAAAAAGAUGGAAAUCUUAUAAAUACUGAAAAAUAUCCUGAAAAUCUUAUAAAUAAUAUAGAUCCUACUGAUAAAAAUCCUAGCAAUGCUAUAAAUAAUAUAGAUCCUACUUAUAAAGAUCCUGAUAUUGCAAAGAUAGAAAAAUUCUGUGAUGGUUUGAUAGAUUAUAAUGACCUGAAUCCUGAUCAAUUUUUUACAAAAUAUUAG